CUGCCCUACAUCUCAGAGUUACCUCCUCCUCUCUGCCUGUGCAGCUCUUUCCAGCAUGGCAGCGCUCUGGCUCCAGACCUUCUCCCUGCUCGUCUUAAUGAUGGUUUCGUGGCCGGGCUCCCAGGCCGUCGGUGGGCCACAGCACCUGUGCGGCUCUCACCUGGUGGACGCCCUGUAUCUGGUCUGUGGGGACAGAGGCUUCUUCUACAACCCCAGGAGAGAUGUGGACCCUCUGCUUGGUUUCCUCCCUCCAAAGGCAGGUGGCGCUGUGGUGCAAGGUGGCGAGAAUGAAGUGACCUUCAAAGACCAGAUGGAAAUGAUGGUGAAGCGAGGCAUUGUGGAGGAAUGCUGCCACAAACCCUGUACCAUCUUUGACCUGCAGAACUACUGCAACUGAACACUGCUCUGCUGGACUUUGUUUAGUCGAGCCAGGCUCGGCUAAUCAGGUCUGAGUCCCAACCCCACCUCCCCCCCUGCUUCAGAGGAGAGCCACAGCUGUCCUCUCUCUGAAAACCAACUGCUGUCAAAUGAAGUGCUGAGAAAUGGAUAAAAUUAAUUUUCCAAGAAAAUAAAAAUGCAA